CAACAUCGUCUGACUGCCGAACUACGCAUAAACAACCGAACGUGCAGUUCUCCGCCUUCGCCAUGAUUUUGGCCCUUGUUCAAGUGUGAGGCCAGGACCAAUUGAGCACAAACCCCAAACUUCUGCCUAGAUUUUCUCCUCCGCCCUCGCGACUGAGAUGGUAUGCGCAUCUGGCUCUACGGUCAUUAAUAACUGGGGUGCCCCCAGCUUAUUCGCGAAAGAAACAACGGCACGGCAACAAUGGAUAUACGAAAGAAGAAACGCAAGGUCCUACUUAUGGGCAAGAGUGGGUCUGGAAAGUCAUCUAUGCGCUCCAUCAUAUUCAGCAACUACGUAGCCAAGGAUGUCCGCCGCUUAGGAGCUACGAUCGAUGUGGAGCACAGCCAUGUCAAGUUCAUGGGAAGCCUGACCUUGAAUCUCUGGGAUUGUGGAGGCCAAGAUGCAUUCAUGGAAACUUACCUCGCGUCGCAACGGGAGAACAUAUUUUCCGACGUCGCUGUGCUCAUUUACGUCUUUGACAUCGAAUCGCGUGAAGUCGAACGUGACCUCGACACCUACUUUUCCAUCAUAACCGCUCUUCAAGAAUUCAGCCCAAAUGCUUUCGUCUUCUGCCUCAUUCACAAACUUGAUUUAAUCCAGACGGAGCAUCGGCAGCGAAUAUAUGAGGAACGUUCCUCGCUCAUCCGUGCAAGAUCUGGGCCUUUUACAAUAGAUACAUUUGGCAGCAGUAUAUGGGACCAAUCCUUGUACAAGGCAUGGGCGGGAAUCGUCCACAAACUUAUCCCGAACCUCUCCGUCAUCGAGCGAUUCCUGCAAGCUUUCGCGGAGAAGAUUGAGGCGGAAGAGGUCAUUUUAUUUGAGCGCUCGACAUUCCUCACCGUCACAUCCGUCGCGUCGGAAGUCGGCCGUUUGAACCCUAUAUUUGACCGCCACGAGCGCCUCUCGAAUAUCAUGAAGGCUUUCAAGCAUUGCGCUGCGAGGAAUACACAUACUACACCGGCCUCAGCGAGCUUUUUGGUUAUGCACACUAAAACUCCUCAGUUUAAUGUGUUCCUGGGCCGGUUCACCGAUAAUACAUAUAUAUUCGUCGUUGUCCCACCGGGCGAAGCCGCUUAUAACUGUGCUGUUCUUAAUACCAUGCUCGCUCGUGAAGGAUUUCGCAAAUCGUCAACGCCAGGUGGUGGCGAUGGGUUUCCCUUAUCAUAUGCUGACCCUCCUCCCCGUGGCAGUGUUACUAAUGGUUAUAUUGCUGGGCCAUCAGAGGCGCCAGAGGGCCGAUAACCCAAACAUUUAUUUUUGAGACUGGCGUAAUAGUGUUGGCGUCAGGCCAGAUUAGAAGAUGAUCAUGUGUUAAGUUACCCCUCAAUGUUUUCUCUCUGGAUUACUGUAUGUUUAUUUCCUGAACGGGGAAAGUAUUAUUUGGAAUAUAGACGGGUUCGGUGGUAGGUGUGACACUUUUAAAUACCAAAGCUUUUGCUUCGCGUCCUCUUACAUUAUCCCCUGUCACAUAUUCGGAAUAGGCAGCAUCCUUCAUUCUUAGUUCUUUCAUGGGAGCGGAAUCUUCGUCCUUGCUCUGUGCUUUCUAAGCCAGAAUCAUGGACUCAAGCCAGGACAUGCACCAUAAUGUAAAAGCUCCCUUUUGCCUUCGGAACCAACUCGCUCCUGUUUUUUUUUUUUUUUCUUGUAUACAAUUCAAGACCUAAGAUUCCGCACUCUACAAUCGAAGAUUUUUCUCAGGCCGC